AUGACGGUUAAGAGAAGAAAUCAUGGAAGAAACAAAAAGAAUCGAGGACGUUGUACGUUCAUUCGCUGCACAAACUGUGGGCGCUGUUUGUCCAAGGAUAAGGCUAUUAAGAAGUUUGUUGUAAGAAAUAUCGUCGAAGCUGCGGCUGUUCGUGAUAUUGGAGAAGCUUCUGCAUAUAUGCAGUAUGCUCUGCCGAAGCUCUACCACAAGCUACACUACUGCGUUGCCUGCGCAAUUCACAGCAAAGUCGUGCGUAACAGAUCCCGAGAUGCUCGAAAGGACCGCAAUCCUCCUCCUCGUUUCGGUCAGCGUUCCGCUCAGGCCCGACCAGGAGUUCCUGGCGGACCUCGUCCAUGA